UCCCAGCAGUAAUGUUUACUUUGAUAUCAGCAUAAUCGUUUAUUCCAGUGAAAUUACGUCCUUAGUCAAUUCUGACUUGACAAUACCCUCAGCUUUCACCAGAGGGCGACAGAGUUCCACAGAACGAUGUCAUAUAAAUUAACAACAAAAGACUCGUUUUCUUUAUACAUACGUUUAAACUAAUUCAGUUAAUUUGAGUUACUUUUAAUUACAUUUUAGAGGAUUUUUUUGCAGUAAAGUAGUUUUUUGUUUGUUGCUUUUUUUUUAACCAAACUGUUUGUGUGCGUUUGUGGUAAAGUUUAAUAUUACAAAUAUAAAGUCAUGUUGCUCUACAUAUAAUUUUUUCAGAGGAACAUUUGUUUUUAAGUUGAAGGACAUUCUGACCAUGGGACUAAUGGACGUUGGACUGACUGUAAGGACAUUCCGUUUUACAGAUAAUGGAAAUAGUAUUAAUAAUAAUAAUAAUAACUAGUGCCGUGUCCAGAGACACAGUGUGUCUGCAGGAUCUUAAUAUGAUCAGUUUCAGCCAUGGCAGGAUGUUGAACAGACGGAUUCUGGGAUGAUGAUGAUGAUGAUGAUGAGGAUCAUAAUCAGCUGUAAGUCGCUGACUCAUCUGCGCUGCUGCAAAUUAAAACAUGUUCAGUGAAAUGAAGCAGCCCUGCCUGGACGUCUGUUUCCGACAGUCUACUAUCUGCUCCGCGUUUGUUUUCAUUAUCCUGAGGAGGUGUGUGAUGAAUACUGCCCCCACCCCCUCCUCUGACUAUUCCUCACCACACACACAACCUUAAUAUUAAUAAAUGUAUCAGCAGGGAAUGGAUUUCUUCCAAUGACAGACAUUCAAUUAUGUUUUUUGGUUAUUCAUUUCGUCCUGUCAUUUACACUUUUAGUUGAGUCAGACGUCACCUGACCUGAACUCCACCACACGGGGGAGACAUGUCACCUAAGACAGGGAGGAGAAAACUGUUUUUGUACAUUAUUGACCGUUACUUAAACGACAGUGUCAUUAAAUGAGAGUCAUAACUGAUCUGGUUUUAGCUAAUUGGGUUUUUGAAAGAAUCAGUUAUAACAGCAGAGAGGAAUCAACGCUUGGGCCUCAAUUAUUUAUCUUUUUUUAAAUUUAAAUUUACUGUACAUUUAAUUUAGGAGCCUCUAUAUCAAUAUCAAACUAUAUGCGUUUUAUAUAUGUUGUCAUACUGUAUAUGACCACGUUUUGAGAACACAUACACCAAGAUCAGGUUUCCACUUCAGUUUGGUUCACACUCGCUGUAGUCGAAGAAUUGAUCAUCUUUGAUUUCUCUUCAGUAGACGGUGAUAUUUUAAAAGUAUCUCACGGCAGAUCAUCAGAACUAAAAACGAAACAAAAGUUAAACUAGUUAAAUCUGCCCUGCCGUAAGUUAAUGAGCCCCAGCCACAGACCGAGCUCUCUCUCCAACUCCAACUGACACGCUGGGCAUGGUGUUCGUCAGCAGAGGGCAGUAUUGUGUUAACAAAUUUUCAAAAAAGAGAGAGAAAGCCGUUCUUGUUAUAAACACAUGUAUUUUAAUUUUUUGACCAAAUACAUUGUAAAUUACACACAGUAUCAUACGCUGUGCAUCCAAAUGUAAACUGGACCUGCACACGUGCACACAAACACGCGCAUUCACGCAUUAUUUUCUCCUGGAGCUCAAGGACUCAAGGACACCAUCAAGCCCAGCUGAUAAGCGGCUUUAAUUGGCUCAUUUGGCCUUUAGCGCGCACUCUCUCUCUCUCUCCCUCUCUGUCUCUCUCUCUCUUUCUUUCUGUCUGUCCACUGUCCAAACACACGGAGGUGCUGUGGCGGCGGCAGCGCCUCCUCUUGGUUUAUGUCUCUUUUUCUUCAUCAAAAGAGUUUUUAAAAAAUGUUUUUGGACCAAAAUGUUUUCAUGUGUAGCCGAUCGACGAACCUACUUCAGCACUGAUGUAUAGAACGUGUGUUUUAUUGGACUAAAUGAACGUUAAUCCACCUGCUUCACCUGCAAGCUCUGCGUAAUUACGCACGGGAGAGCCACAGACGGCCCGGGAAAUGGAACCUCAGACCGAGCUCCAGACUCCGGCUCUGCACCCAUGAGAGCCCCGUGGCACCGACGCCGCUUCUGCCGCUGUUAUCGCUGCUGCUGCUGUGGCUCCGACCGCCGCGACGGAGCGGGGGAGUCGGUGCGGAGAUGGCGGCCAACCUGAGUGUGUCGGGGGAGCUGGAGGAGACGCAGCUGCUGGGGACGGGGACGAGGACGGUGACCGGGACCAACGUGCCGGCUCUGGUGUUCGGGGUGCUGCUGAUCGUGGUGAUCAUCGGCGGGAACCUGCUGGUGUGUCUGAGCGUCCUGACGGAGAAGGCGCUGAAGACAACCACCAACUACUUCAUCGUCAGUCUGGCGGUGGCGGAUCUGAUGCUGGCGGUGCUGGUGCUGCCGCUCUUCGUCUACUCCGAGUUCCAGGACGGCGUGUGGACCCUCAGCACCACCAUCUGUGACGCUCUGAUGGCCAUGGACGUGAUGCUGUGCACUGCCUCCAUCUUUAACCUGUGUGCCAUCAGCAUCGACAGAUUUAUCGCCGUGUCCAUCCCUCUGAACUACAACAGGAAGCACGUGGACCUGCGUCAGACCGUCCUUCUGUCGGCCACCUGGGUCCUGGCCGUGGCCGUGGCCUCGCCCAUCGCAUUCGGCAUCAACAACGUGCCCGGUCGUGACCACGGAGAGUGCAAACUGGAGAACGACGACUACGUCAUCUACUCCUCCGUCUGCUCCUUCUUCAUCCCCUGUCCCAUCAUGCUGCUGCUGUACUGUGGAAUGUUCCGUGGGCUCCGGCGCUGGGAAGAGGCCCGCAGAGCCAAGCUGAGGAACAGUAUUCAGGCGUGUCGUAAGCUGCAGGAGGCCGCCGCCGUCGCCGCCUCUCUGCCGCCGCUGGCCUCGUUGCCUCCACCUCUGCCCCCGAUCAUAGAGAGGGAACUGACGGAGACUCCAGACGAACAGUCCAACUUCAUAUCCGUGGACCAGAACUUCCACUCCACGGACUACAGAGACGGACCAGUGAGAACCGUCAGCUUUGCUGAGAUCAAAUUCCACAACUGCCCUCAGCAGAGGAGGAAGAGAGCCAAGAUCAACAGCCGUGAGAGGAAGGCCAUGAAGGUGCUUCCUGUUGUUGUAGGUGAGCUUCUCUUCCCAGUCAGCCACGUGGGUGGGUGCUGUUCUGGAGGUUACGUCCCCCCGGCCCUGAUGAGCGUGGUGACGUGGCUCGGCUACGUCAACAGCGCCCUCAACCCCAUCAUCUACACGGUCUUUAACACCGAGUUCAGGAACUUUUUCAAGAAGGUUCUGCGCCGGUGCUGUUCCUAGAACCUGUUGAUCAGCUGACUGUUGAUCAGCUGACUGUUGAUUUACUGACUGUUGAUCAGCUGACUGACUGAUCUACUGACUGUUGAUCAGCUGACUGUUGAUCUGACGUCAGAUCAACAUGAUUUGACAUAAAUGUUUGUUCAACUGAAUGUUUCUCCCAAAGAAAGUUCAUUUUAUUGGGAGGAAAAAAAAAAAACAACAUUUUUACAUCACGCUGGAGGAGGACUGAUUUUAUAGCCAGAAAAAAAAAUCUUUUUAGAAUAAAACUUUUCACACAAGUGCAGGUUUGUGUGUUUGUUGUGCAGCAGUGGCUCAAAGUGACAAUUUGUAUGGUUUACAUCAGGGUUCUCCAACCUUUUGUUGAGCCACGGCACAAAUUUAUCAUCAGGAAAAACCCCACAAACCACCAGACAGAAAUCUGACCAAAAGUCCUCAUCCUGUUUAGUUGAAGACAACACUGAUAUACUGGCAGGAAUUGAAGAAAGACACUCACA